AUGGAGUCAUUCCCUCUCAUUCACUUUUAUGUGAAAGAGGAUCACUGUAACUGGAGGGCCCGUGGAACCCAGAAGCUCUUAGAAAGUCUGAGCCAGAAACCAGCUGAGGAACCUCAGACUGUGCGGGACGGUGCUGUCCUUCCAACAGAUAAGAGGUUUUCCUGUCCUGAGUGCGGAAAGUGUUUCCAAUUUAAAUCCCGUCUUAAUGUGCAUAGAAGAUCUCACACAGGAGAGAAGCCGUAUUCCUGCACUAAGUGUGGGAAAUGUUUUUUAUGGAAAACCACUCUUUCCACACAUCAGAGAUUUCACACAGGUGAGAAGCCGUAUUCCUGCCUUAAGUGCGGGAAGCGUUUUUCAUAUAAGUCUAAUCUUUCCAUACAUCAGAUAUCACACACAGGGGAGAAACGAUAUGCCUGCCCUGAGUGCGGGAAAUGUUUUAAAGGAAAGUCAUAUCUUCAUAUGCAUCGGAGAUCGCACACGGGGGAGAAGCCGUAUUCCUGUCCUGAGUGCGGGGAAUGUUUUAAAGGGAAAUCAUAUCUUCAGAUACAUCAGAGAUCGCACACAGCGGAGAAGCCGUAUUCCUGUCCUAAAUGCGAGAAAUGUUUUAGAACUAAGUCCGGUCUUGAAUCACAUGUAAGAUUUGAAACGGAGGUUGGUCUACUUUCCUCUUCUGAUUGGAGGAGGUGUAACCCACAGAAGUCUUCUGUUUACAGUCAUCUAAAAUUGGACACAGAGGAGAAUGAACUUUCCUGGUCUGACUGAGGGAAAUGUUCCUCACUGAAGUCCUGUCUUCCUGUACAU